AUGAGCCGUACAACGCUGAACUCAGAGGGAUCAAGCAUUCCAGUUUUAUCCGAAGAGGCACAAGCCGCUCUAGCAGAAUUCUAUCAAGAGCAACAGGAAUCGGCUCAAGUUGAUGGCGACGGGAUAAAGCUUAUUUCUUGUGGAAGCAAUCAAAAUCAAAACUUUCUUCCAAUCCAACCAGAGGAUGAGAAGGCUGUUUCUGAAGCAUUAAAAGUCUAUGAAAUGCUUCCUAACGGACUAAAAGUCGCGAGCGUGGCGGUUCCGAAGAUUUAUGCAGGUCUGAAAGCUUCAAAAAGUUACGGAGAACUCCACUGUUUUGAUAUCUACAAUUCUGAUACUGAUAUCUCGAUUCCGUUUCACUCGUGGCCUGUUGUGUCUCCCAGUGAGUUCGAUCAAUCUCUGAAGCAGAAGUUUGAUGUUCUGUUUUCUAAACUUCUACUUCAAUCAGAUGAGAAUGCAAAGCAACUGUACGUCACUGUAAACUUUCUCCUUGCUGAAAACGGCCAAGCUGUUAUUCAAGCUACCAAUGCCGAGCUUGAGCUACUUGAAUCUGUUUUUACCGAUGAAACUUGGUCAAUCGAAAACAAAUCUGAUGCUGAAGCACAAUGGAAGGUUGCCGUUAUUCGAAGAAAAUAG